AUGACUGCCUUGGCGGGGUCGAUACCCAUGAUGAUGCGACCCACGCUGGCUCAGAACUACCCCCGCAGUGGCUUCCCCCUGGAAGUGUCUACCCCGUUGGGUCAAGGCCGCGUGAACCAGCUCGGGGGAGUUUUCAUAAACGGAAGACCUCUGCCCAACCACAUCCGGCAUAAGAUCGUGGAGAUGGCGCACCACGGCAUCAGGCCGUGUGUCAUCUCCCGACAGCUGCGGGUCUCCCACGGCUGCGUGUCCAAAAUCCUGUGCCGGUACCAGGAGACGGGCUCCAUCAGACCCGGGGCCAUCGGGGGCAGCAAACCCAAGCAGGGGACCACGCCGGACGUAGAGAAGAGAAUAGAAGAAUACAAGCGGGACAACCCGGGUAUGUUUAGCUGGGAGAUUCGGGAUAAAUUACUGAAGGAUGGGAUAUGUGACCGCAACAACGUCCCUUCAGUGAGCUCCAUCAGUCGCACCAUGAGGAGUAAGUUCGGGGGCCGAGGCGACGAAGAGGAGGACGAAGAGGAGCUGGAGAGGAAGGAGCUGGAGGAGAACGACCGCCGGGCCAAGCACAGCAUCGAGGGCAUCCUGGGGGACCGAUGUGAGUGA